CUGCAGUUUGUUGUGGGCUGAAACGCAUGAACACAGAGAGUUCACCACAGUCCGUACAUGCUUGUUAACCUGAAAUGGAUAUGGAUGAGAAGCCAAAAUACGGAGAGCCCAAAAAAUAUGACCCCAACUUCAAAGGGCCCAUCCAAAACAGGGGAUGUACAGACAUUAUUUGCUGUAUCUUCUUCAUCGUGGCCAUAGUGGGCUACGUCGCAGUGGGAAUACUGGCCUGGACUCACGGUGACCCGAGGAAGGUGAUCUACCCCACAGACAGCAUGGGACAGUACUGCGGCCAGGGAAAUCUGGAGAAGCAGCCGUUGUUGUUCUACUUUAACAUGAUGAAGUGUGCCAGUCCCAUGGUCCUCCUAGAGUUCCAGUGUCCCACUCCUCAGGUGUGCGUAGAGAAAUGCCCUAACCGCACCAUGACUUUGCUAAAUGCCAAAUUAAAUCCAUCCGAUUGGAAAGAAUACAAACAAUUUUGCAGAGAAGACCCUGGAAAUAAGCCUGUGCCGCAAAUUUUGCAAGAAAAACUGUGUCCUGCAUAUCUGAUCUCCAGCAAACCAUUUUUGCAACGGUGUUUUCCGUCUCUGGGCAAAAAGGGUGAAGUCAUCACUGUGGGCGAUCAGGAGACAUUUAAUGAUGGAGAGAAGACAAGAGAUGCCAAAGACCUAGUGGCCGGGAUGAAGAACGCCACAAUAGUCAUGGAGGGUCGACAAGUUGCAAUGAAGAUCUUUGAGGAUUACACAAAGUCUUGGUACUGGAUCCUAAUUUGUUUGUUGAUUGCUGUGGUGUUGAGUCUGAUCUUCAUCGUUCUCCUGCGGUAUCUGGCUGGAAUCAUGGUCUGGGUCAUGAUCAUCAUGGUCGUCGCUGUCAUUGCCUAUGGUAUUGCUCACUGCAGCAUAAAGUACGUCAAUCUGAAGGACUCGGCUGGCUCUAAUAUCACUCUACAGCAGCUGGGCUUCCAGCCCGACUUCUCCGUCUACCUGCACAUCAGACAGACCUGGCUGGCCUUCAUAAUCAUUCUGGCUAUUUUGGAGAUCAUCAUCAUCCUCCUCCUCAUCUUCCUCAGGAACCGAAUCCGAAUCGCUGUCGAGCUCAUAAAGGAGGCUAGCAGGGCCAUCGGUUAUGUGAUGUCAUCACUGUUCUACCCAAUCUUUACCUUCUUCCUCCUGACCAUAGUCAUCGCUUACUGGGGUGUCACUGCAGUUUUUCUCUCUACAUCUAGUGAACCUGUUUAUAAGGUUUUCAACGAAACAGUAUGUUCAUAUUCCAGACAAACCUGCGUCCCUGAGAACUACAGUGUUUCUGCUAUGAAGACAGAGUGUCCGCGGUCUGAGUGCCUGUUUGCCUUCUACGGUGGGGAAACGCCGUAUCACAAAUACCUGAUAGGCCUUCAGUUCUACAACGUCUUCCUGUUCUUCUGGUGUGCCAACUUUGUCACCGCUCUGGGUCAGAUGACUCUAGCAGGAGCGUUUGCGUCCUACUACUGGGCUUUAAAAAAACCAGACGACAUCCCUGCUUUCCCAUUGUGUGCCUCUCUGGGCAGAUCCCUCAGGUAUCACACAGGCUCUCUGGCGUUUGGUUCUCUCAUCCUCGCCAUCGUCCAGAUUAUCAGGGUUCUGCUGGAGUAUAUUGACCACAAACUCAAAGGAGCAGAGAAUAAAUUCGCCAAGUUCUUGUUGUGCUGUUUGAAAUGCUGCUUCUGGUGCCUGGAGAAGUUCAUCAAGUUCAUCAACAGGAACGCUUACAUUAUGGUGGCCAUAUACGGGAAAAACUUCUGCCGGUCAGCAAGCGAUGCUUUCCUGCUCCUGAUGAGAAAUGCAAUCAGGGUUGUAGUCCUGGAUAAGGUCACCGAUUUCAUCUUAUUCCUUGGAAAACUCCUUAUUGUUGGGCUUGUGGGGAUCUUCGCUUUCUUCUUCUUCUCAGGACAAACGGAUGCGUUUAAGGGUGCUGCACCCAGUCUCCAUUAUUACUGGGUUCCUAUUUUGACAGUGUUGGUGGGCUCCUACCUCAUCGCCCAUGGGUUUUUCAGCGUUUACGCCAUGUGUGUGGACACACUCUUCCUCUGCUUCUGUGAAGACCUCGAGCGUAAUGACGGCUCCACUGCGCGUCCGUAUUACAUGACCGCAUCGCUGCACGACGUUCUGAUGAAGGACGCGGACGCGGCUCGGACCCCCGCUUCACAGGACGAGACCAUCCAGCUGACGGAGCCCGGCAAAAACUGUUAAACUGGUCGAAAGCUGUCGUGAUAUGGAAAUAUAACCUCAUUUAUUACAUUAAGAGACUGAAUGGUCACAAGAUUCAAUCAUAACUGCAGUUAAAUAAUCAUGUGUUCAAUCGACUGAUAAUGAUUAAUGUAUGUUAAGAUAAUAUUUAAGGUAAUAGGAUAGAGAGGGAAAUGACAACCUUUGCCGAAAAUAAUUUAUUUGAAGUCAACAUUAAACAACCUACUUUACUUAUAUGAUGUGACGUUUCACCUAAUGAAACAGAUGUUAAAGGGGUCAUGUGAUGCUGUUUUAAAAGUUCAUUAUUCUGUGUAUUGGGUUUAAUUGAAUAGGUGAACAACAUGCUUUAAUGUCCAAAAAAACGUUUUUCUCACACUAUGCCUUAGGCCGCCAUUAUGCUAAUAUUUCACAUUGUGGCGUAGACGAUCGAGGACGAUUUAGGCACGUCUGGAUUAAUAAUCUUUGUUAGAUGGAAUAAAUCACUUUGUGGGAAACCAUGAUCUUUAUAACUUCACAGAUCGUAUACAUUACGCACUAAAGGAAAAGAAAAACAUUAAAAAGCAUCAUAGGACUCCUUUAAAUUAUAAAAAUGGUAACACUUUACAAUAAGGUUUCAUUUGUUAUGUUAACAAACUAACAAUGAGUAAUGAUUUCUACAGCAGUUCUUAAUCUUAGUCGAUGUUAAUUUCAGGAUUUACUAAAACAUUAUUAAAAUUUCAAUCCAAUUUAAAUAAUACAACUUUUGAUGUGCCUAAACUAAUUUGAACUUACAAUGAACAGUUGUAUUUUUUAUCAAUUAACUUUGACGAAGAUUAAUAUACUGCAACAAAUAUAUUGCUUGUUGUUAGUUAAAGGUGCAGUGUGUAAUUUUUAGCGGCAUCUAGUGGUGAGGUUACGAAUUGCAACCAUCAAAAGUUACGGUGGCCUACAGGCGAUUUCGUCGUCUGAGACCGCAGAGAGUUGCCAGUUAAGCAAUGAGGUUUAUUUACAAAGAUAAAUUAAGACAUUGUUUACUUUAUUAUUCAGUAAAACGAUAGGUUAUUGCAAAUAUUGUUACUUGUUCAUCAUUGUGUCAGUGUUUUAUUCGCUGACUUUAGCUAGCUUCUUUGCACAAAGAACAACAUAGCGACGAAAUUCAUUUAGGGCAACAUGUCGGCACAAAAUGGCAAUUUAACUAAGUAGAUGGAAAAGGCUUAUUCAAAGGUAAUACAAACAUGACGGUUCAUUAAUAAGGUCUUUAUACACCACUGAAAACAUAGUUAUGUAUAUUAUAUUGCAUUUCUGUCUACAGAUCAUCCUAAAUAUCACACAAUGCACCUUUAAUGUCAGCUGAUGCAUUAACUGGCAUAACUGAUCGGAUCUAAUUGCAAAGUGUUAAUCAUGAAAACAAUAGUGGCACUGGGAUGAUGGAAAGUGUCUCUAUAUGAAACAAAAAGGGCUUAUGAUUACAUUUUAAUAAACGUAUGUGAAGACAAACAAUGAAUCAUGCAAAAAGGUUCAAGUUGACUUUAAAGUAGCCUGUUUAUUUAAUCGAAAAAUCAAUUCAUAGUUCUAAUAUUUUUCAUAGUUGAUUAUUGGAGUAUGUUUUAUAAGAAAAUCUUUCUACUUCAAUUUUUAAUUUAAUUAAAUGGGUUGUUUGCUGAUUUCAUAAUUAUUUGUGAAAUUGCUUUAACUUCUGAUUGAAAUUUGUUUCGGCACUACAUUUUUUUUCAGCGUAGUAUUUAUUUUUACGUAAAAAAUAUCAGUAAAUUUCACAAAUAAUUGCAACCCAUGGAAGCAAGCAUGAAAGACCUAAAUAGUAUUUUCUUCUAAUACAUAUUCCAAUAAUAUUUGUAAUAUAAUUGUUUACACUGUUCAUCAAAUGAUGUGAUUCAGUGUUGUUAGUUGUCCGUACUGUCAGAUAAAUGAUGCAUUUAGAUAUUAUUUUUUAUGUACUGGCUGCUUUAAUUUGUUGCUGCUGCUUUAUUCUACGAUAGAGUGCACAUCCAAUGUUACUCUUAAACUGCUGAUAAUAUUUCUGUAUUAUGUAGAUUGUAAGCCAUAUCUAUUGAAUGCACUUUAAGGUUGGUUAUUGUUUUUUGAUAGCAAUUUGCAACCGUUUUUGGAAAACCAAAACACCUUGUUGCCUUUCUGAGACGCCUUUAACUUUAUCUGCUGCCUUUUCCACUGUCUCUUGGAUGCUUAAUGUCUUUUUUAAUCUUUAAUAAAUACUAUGCAAGAAGGUA